UACAUGUAGAGGAGGAUGGGGAAGAGAAUGAUGUAGCUUAUCAAGCGGAUGAGAGCAAUCCUUCUAGGAUUUCUGACACCGAGCCUCCUAUCAGUCUUAAGUCUCCAUUUGGAGAGGACCGCAUUGUUGAAUUGUCCAUCGGCUCUAGUUCUGGGGCUAAUAAAAAUGAAGAUGAUGAUGUUGCAGACUUUGAUGAUGAUAUUGAUUUUUAAUAGGUGGCAGUAGUGAAGGAAAUUCAUUGAAUCUCUCUCUCUGUUUUUAAUCUCUGCUGCCUUACUUGGUAAUCCAUUGACGAAAAAUCCCAAUAUUUUUGGAGGCCUUCUAACUACUGGCAUUUUGGCUUUCUCUGGAACGUCAUGGCUCCUCGGGUCAAGGGUAAAGGUGUCAAGGGUCAUAGAAGUUCUCACACCACUACCGCAGCCGCUAUUUCAACCACCUCCACCUCUUCUGGGACUUCGGUUGUGCCAGAUUUUCAGUCAGGAUCACUUAGCCAGCAACCGUAUUUGAUGGUACCUAAUCCAGGCUACACGGGUCUUCCUCCACCAAGUUGGCCUACUCCAGGAUGUAUGGGUCCCCCUCCUCCACCCCCUCCUCCAAUUUCGAUUCCUCCUCCGCUUCGCAAUUCCAAUCUAUUAGUUGAUUCAGAGACACCUGGAAGCUCUAGUACAUCUCCUCCAUCAGAGACUGCAUCGGUUCCUAAUAGUGUCACAAAAGAAAGAUUGGUUCCCGAUGGAAAAACAAGUUGGUUACCUUUCCCUCCUGGUUCUCAGAAGAUUACAGAGAUCAUCAAGAAACGAUAUGAUAAACCGUACAAAAAGUUUGGAGAUGUCCCUCUUCCGACAAAGAAGCUUUGGUUUAAGGAGUGGAAGAGCCACUUUCUUAUUGAUGAUGAUGAUGAUGAGUUUUUCUGGAGGGCUUUCAAGUAUAGGACAAGUAAGCGAUUUAGCCAAAUGAUGUCAGAUAUCCGUGAGGGUGUGGAUACAACCCACGAAUGGCUAAUUCCUGCUUACAAAAAGGUGUUGGAAAGGUAUUGGGAAACAGAUGAGAAAUGGAAAAAUAUAAGAAAAAAAGCAAGAGAGAAUCGAGCGUCACUCUUAGGUGGUUCUGUCCAUUGCGGUGGUUCUAUUCCAUUGAGCUCAACUAUAGAGAGGAUGAAGAAGCAGUUGGGCCGUACACCAACCCACGAGGAGGUCUUCAAAGAAACCCACACACUUAAAAGUGACAAGUCUAAAUGGGUGGACAAGCGCUCUCAAGACACUCAUGUGAGAUAUAGCACAAAUACUCCUCCUAUGUCAAAAUUAUUAACUAAUUUCUAGCUGUCUGGCAUUAACAUUACUGUAUUUAGUGGUCCUAACUAUGUUCAACAUUAUUAUUAUUAUUAUUCAGCUUUGUGCUUUGUGAUUUUAUAGUUGGUUUCUUUUCUUCCAAGUUUCUGUAGUCUAAGCCCUUUGACACAUCUCCUUAUAUAGGGUCUAUUCAAUUAUUCACAAUUUGAUUCCAUAGACCAACUUAAGAGAUAAUACAGUUCACCAAUCUUAAUCUUGUGUAGAAAGCAUGUGAAGCAUGCAUUAUUCUCUUGGAA